UCAAGUACAGGGCUACAAGGAGUAUUAUAAUAGCUGCUAAAAGAGACACGAAAGUUUAAACCUGCAGUGAUCUUAAUACCGACAAGAAAUGAGCAUUGAGUGGAAUAACGGUGACGAAGAAGAGGCUGGCAAGGAGAAAGAGCCCCAAGGCCCCCAACCAUCUGGCGUUUUCCCAGCAGAAGCACUUCAAAAUGGUGGUCCUAAUUGGAAUGAUGACUCCUCAAAUCUUGCUCCUAUGCAGGCAGCUUUAAAGGAUGUGGAACAACAACUAAGUGCUGACCUACUCACUCGAUACCGUUUAGCUGUUGCUGUAGUGAUGGAAGGAAAUAAAGCAGAUUUCACUGAUGGAAAAAAUUUUCGCGAGCUUUUUGAAAUUCUGGGUAUUCAGUUAAAAUCCUAUCAAUCUGCCAUUACACUCACUAUUGAAGUGCUAAAGGGAUCUCGCUUGGACUGGAAAGGUGCAGAGAGUCUCCAAUCAUUUGCCUCAAUAAAAUCACCACCCUAUGUUCUGGAUCCUGAUACUGAUCUAUGUGUAACCAUUUAUAAAUUCUACAAUGGUAUGACAAAUGAAGAGUUUGAUCGUAGAAAAUGCACUUUAUUUAGCCGUAAAAAGCUUGAAAUUAAGGAAUUGGAUCGAUGUGAUUUUGUGAUAUGGCUAAAAGAUAGUGGAUUCAUUUGUGUUGGUGAUGUAUCACAAAUUGAGGGAGAUACUUUAUUUUUUGAUGAGUACAAAGAGAAAUAUUAUAAAAAAGAUGAAGCAGAUGGCCUUGAGACAAUUGAUAAAUCUCUUCCUGAAUGGUCUGAUAAUGCUAAUGAUAAGGAUACAAGUCUUCCAUCUAUUGAUGAGAAAAGCUACGUUGUCAGGGGCAAAAAAAUUGGUGUCAAAAAUGAUCAAGUGUACGAAAUGAACAAUAGUAAAUCACCGGGCUACUGUUUAGUCAUCAGCAUAGAUAAAAACCGCCCAGGAAAUGAGGAAGAUCUCAUAGCAUUGAAGAAACUAUUUCAAGAUACUCUUAAAUUUUCAUAUAAAGAAUAUAAAAAUGUCAACGAAGUAGAAAUUAAUAAGUUACUUGAGAAUUUGGAAAAAGCUAAUCACUCAUGGUCGUCCUGUUUUGUUAUGUUUAUUCUUGCUCAUGGUGAUACAGAUAAAGCUCGUAAUGCUUAUUUUACUGCAGGUAAUGAGGAGCAAUAUAGAAUCUCAACCAUUAAAGCAAAAAUUGAAAGAAUCAAUGGUUUAUGUGGACAGCCAAAACUCUUCUUUAUUCAGUCGUGCAGAGGAGAAAUUGAUAAUACUGGAUUGGCAAGGGAUAGCGGCAACAAUAAAAAAAUCAGAAUACCAAUUGGAUCUGAUUUUUUGCUAUCUUUUGCAACCAUUGAGAGAUUCGCUGCUUAUCGAUCAGAAAAAGAAGGCACUGUUUUUAUUCAGUCCUUAUGUAAAGUCUUUGAGCAAUACUGCAAAACCGAAUGUGAUGUUGUGUCAAUGAUGACAAUAAUUGCAAAAAAAAUAGCAGAUGAGGAAUAUGAGGUGGAUGGAUUAAAGGUGAAGCAAAUUCCAGAGUUUUCAUCAACACUUAGAAGGUUUCUUUACCUGCAAGAGCUGGUACCAGCUAGCUCCCUAUAAAUCUUGGUUUGUAGUAGAACAUCAUUUAAAACUUUUCUAUUGUAGGAAAUUAGACAAUGUAGUAUUUUACUUAUUAAUAAUCUAAGUGUGAAUUUUAAAAUUUGAAUUUGAAUUUUUGUAGUAGUGGAUAGUUUUAUUUUCUGUAGUGUAUUUUUCCAGGAGUCGGAGUAG